CUUUUCAUAGCAUUUGGACCGAAAUGCUAUUGGUCGCUACUGCUCGUCCUCAAUGCUCGCUCACCUUUCUUUUUACACCAUGGUUUUCACUUGCAUACAUGGUGUCCGCCGGUAUCGGUGAAUCAUUUGUGUAGAGUACUAAUUUCAUAAAUUUAGCUGCGCUAUGAAGCUAGUAAGAUUUUUGAUGAAGCUCAGUCACGAGACCGUGACGAUAGAACUGAAAAACGGCACUCAAGUUACUGGCACGAUUACAGGUGUCGACGUUGCGAUGAAUACACACUUGAAAACAGUGAAAAUGACAAUAAAGAACCGCGAGCCCAUACAGUUAGAGACUCUCAGUUUGCGGGGUAACAAUAUUAGAUAUUAUAUUUUGCCCGACUCUCUUCCCUUGGAAACAUUGCUGAUAGACGACACACCGAAGGCCAAGGCCAAGAAGAAGGAAGCUGCGAGAGGUGCUGCUCGUGGCAGAGGACGCGGCGCCAGGGGUGGCAGAGGUGGCAGGGGUGGCCGAGGUAGAGGAAGGGGCAGGCGAUAGUGACAACACAUUCUUCACUUUCAAUAUGCAAACUUUUCUAAGUUUGCGAAAUCGAUAUUCUGCUAAUUUUAUAAAACCCUAUCUAUGUGAAUCUGUUUCUUAAUGUGAUGCUACGAUACCAAGUUCCAAGAUAAUGUGGACAUUCAUUUUUAACAGAUUUAAAUGUAACAUACAGGCAUUCCGAUAUUUCAAUUUUAUAUUCUAUUUUAUUAUUCGAUAUACUUCAAUGAAAUAUAGGAAAAAUUGUAAAAUUUGUUUACUUGCUAUGUAAUUAGCAGUCAUUUUCAUCGCAAUAUGAUUCAUUGUAUGUAAUUUAAAUAUGGUACAUUUUCGAAUCUAUUCAAAGUUUUUCACAGUAUUGCAAGUUUUCUAAAAGACAUUACAAUUUACAAUUACAAAAAUCAAAUAGUACAAAUGACAUUAUUACUUAUUUUUCACUACAAUAUCCUUGUAAAACUAUUACCUGAUUUAAUUAGAAUAGUAAGAAUUUCUCUCUAAACUUAAAUAUGUGUAACAAGAACUUUCUGAAUAAAAAAGUGCCGCGAUAAAAGUA